AUGUCUAUAUGGCUGCCGCGUUCUCAGCAGCAGCAUGUGGUUUUCUCGCUGUCGAGUAGGAACCAUCGAGCUCUGCUACACACCCAUGCAUUCUGUCGACCGGCUGCGAUCGCUCGUUCGUCCGUAUUCCUCGUCGCACGGUGCUUGGAUGAUGACUCGCGAAAUACACCGAGGACAUUUGCGGUAGUACGGCUACAGUCGACAAGCACGAGUACAGCUGCAAAUACCGCGACGGCGACUCCUCCUUCCCCAUCCUCGCCUGAACAACCAAAACCCUCUCUACCGGCUCCGAAAGAGGACGCGCCUCUGCUGACAAGGGCAUGGAAAAAAGUGAAACAUGAAGCUCAGCACUACUGGCACGGUUCGAAGCUGCUCGUGUCGGAGGUCAGGAUAUCUGCAAGACUGCAGUGGAAGAUUUUGCAUGGAGAAAGUCUCACACGGAGGGAACGCAGACAGUUGAAGCGGACGACACAGGACCUGCUCAGACUCGUUCCAUUCUCCGUGUUCAUCGUCGUACCAUUUAUGGAGCUCUUACUCCCCGUUGCCCUAAAACUCUUCCCCAAUAUGCUCCCUUCUACCUUUGAAGACAAGUUCGCAGCUGAAGAAAAACAACGCAAACUCCUCCGUGUCCGUCUAGAAAUGGCCAAAUUCCUGCAAGAAACUCUACGUGAAUCCGGACUCAGGGCCAACGCGCAUAUCGUUGGCUCAGACGCAUUCAAGGAGUUCUUCCGCAAGGUUCGUUCGACAGGUGAAUCACCCUCCGCGACAGAUAUCAUCAACGUAGCCAAACUUUUUGACGAUGAUCUCACCCUCGACAACUUGUCCCGUCCACAACUCGUAUCUAUGUGUCGUUACAUGGGCAUCAACGCAUUUGGGACGGACAAUUUCCUCAGGGGCGCUAUUCGCUCGCGGCUCAGGAAUCUCCGUAGGGAUGAUCAAUCAAUCGACGCUGAAGGCGUGGAUUCGUUGUCCGUCGCAGAAUUGCAGGCGGCCUGUCAGUCAAGAGGGAUCCGUACCUCUGGAGUGUCUCCAGCGAGACUCCGCGAUGAAUUAUCGACCUGGAUCAGCCUACAUUUGCAUAACCGCGUGUCAGGGGUACUUCUCAUCCUUGGACGGGCGUUCCACUUUGAUAGAAAGUCUGGAGAAGAUGAAGAUGGAAAAACUGUUGUCAUCAAGGGCUUGGAGAGUGUCAUGAGCGGGUUGCCGGAUAACUUGCUCAACGAAGCCGAACUCGAAGUGGACUCGGACAAAGCAAGUUACAAACAGAAGCUCGAAGUGUUGCAACAGCAGGAGGAGCUCAUCGAGGAUGAAGAAGAGCAAGAACAAAAGGAAGAAGAUGCCCGGCGUGCUAAGCGUGAAUCCCAGGAACAAGAAAUACGCACUGCCCAUUCACUUCUUCCUGACACGGAACUCCAUCCAGAGGUCACCCCAACUACUGAAAAUGCCCGCAUGACAACGGAACAGCUAAAUGAACUAGGAGAGGCACUCUGCAUCUUGUCUGCUAAAUCUAGUGUCCUUAAAGAACGCGACGAGCUGCGCACGCUUAUGGAGGAAAACCUCCAAAGAGACGAAGACCCUAAAUCGCCCUCAGGUGCCCUCACGAAACGUAUCCGAACCAUGCUCACUAAGAUCGACACGCACCUCCAAGAGUACGACACCCACGUAGGAAGUUCGUUGCAGAUGAUCUCUGCGGAUGCGCAAGGUCGAAUUCCAGUCGAAGAUCUCCAAAAGGCGCUCACGGUUAUCAAACAUCGCCCGGAUGACGAAGUCAUUCAAGCUGUCAUCCAGAAGCUGGAUGUUGACCAGGAUGGAUAUGUGGAACUUGAACAUGUGUUGGGGUUGAUGGAAGAGGAAGGGCUUGGCAUCGAGGUUGACGACGAGGCACGAACCAUUAUCGUUCAGGGCAAGGAGAUCAAGAUGGAUUCCAAGCCCCGAAAAGAAGACAUCGUCCAGGAGUAA